UUCAUAUACUCCCCCACGCAAACACACACACACGAUCGAGAGAUCGCAACUCAAGUCCUGUCUGUAGUAGCUCCUUACAUGGUGCUAGCUUGAGCAUUUGGUUCAGCGAACGAUGGAAGGUGGCGCCGGGAACGCGCCCCGUGCCGAUAUCCUGCCUAGCGACCCACACUUUGGUGACAACUCCGGCGUCCACCACCUUCCCUUGCCCCGUUCUCGUUCACGUGUGUCCACCUCCACCGCCCAAGUCGAUACCUCCGGGCAACCAGCCGUGGCCGACGACAACGGGGAUGCCAGUACCACCACAGCUGACUUCAUCUGCCGCCCGGCGGUCCACUUGGUGCUGGCCUUCCACGACCUGAUAUACAGCGUCAAGGUCAAGCAGCCGAUGAGGUCCUUCAGCCGGCGGAGCCGCGACCGCGACGUCGAAGCGGCACAUAGUCACGGCGAGGGCGUGAGGACACGCACGCUGCUCGACGGAAUCUCCGGUGAAGCGCGGGAGGGGGAGAUCAUGGCCGUGCUUGGCGCGAGCGGCGCCGGCAAGAGCACACUCAUCGACGCGCUCGCUGACCGGAUCCAGCGCGAUAGCCUCCGCGGCGCCGUCACCCUCAACGGAGACGCCCUUGACAGCCGCAUGCUCAGAGUCAUCUCGGCGUACAUGAUGCAGGACGAUCUGCUCUACCCGAUGCUCACCGUCGCCGAGACGCUCAUGUACUCAGCGGAGUUUCGUCUCCCGCGCUCGCUCUCCGCGUCCAGGAAAAGGAGCCGCGUCGAGGCGCUCAUCGACCAGCUCGACCUGCGCGCCGCGGCCAACACCAUCAUCGGCGACGAGGGCCACCGCGGCGUGUCCGGUGGUGAGCGCCGGCGUGUAUCCAUCGGCAUCGACAUCAUCCACGAUCCCAUCGUCCUAUUCCUUGACGAGCCCACGUCCGGCCUCGAUUCUACAAGCGCCUUCAUGGUGGUCAAGGUGCUACAGCGCAUCGCGCGGAGCGGUAGCGUUGUGGUCAUGUCGGUCCACCAACCGAGCUACCGCAUCCUCGCCCUCAUUGACUGCCUCAUGAUCCUCUCCCGCGGUCGGACGGUCUACUACGGCCCGCCGGCCGCCCUGCGUCGCUUCCUCUCUGUGUUCAUGGGCGAACCGAUCCCUGACGGGGCGAACCCGGCCGAGUUGGCGCUCGAUCACAUACGCGAGCUGGAGGGCUCCCAGGGCGGGACCGAGGAGCUCGUCAAGUUUAACAGGUUGUGGCAAGAGAAGACUCUCUCGUCCCGUGCCGUGGAUGGGCCUUGGCUGUCGCUAAAGGAGACCAUCCGCUUGAUCAUUGCCCGCGGCAAGCUGGUGUCCGGCACGGAGGUGGCGGCGGCAGUACUCAGAACCGAAGUUGCCACUUACGCGAAUCCGUGGUGGGUGGAGGUGUGGGUGCUGACGCGGCGAGGGUUCACCAAUACCCGCCGCAAGCCGGAGGUGUUCCUGGUCCGGUUCGGCGCCGUGGUAGCAACCGCUUUCAUCCUGGCCACCCUUUUCUGGCGGCUGGACAGCACACCCACGGGCGUGAAGGAGCGAUUCAGCUUCUUCGCCAUCGCCAUGUCCACCAUGUUCUACACCACCGCCGACGCGCUCCCUGUGUUCCUCAUCGAGCGCUACAUCUUUUUCCGGGAGACUGCGCACAACGCGUACCGCCGAUCCUCCUACGCCGUGUCUAACGCCAUCGUAGCCUUCCCGCCACUCAUCUUCCUCUCCCUCGCCUUCGCGGCCAGCACCUUCUUUGCCGUAGGGUUGGCCGGUGGAGCUGAGGGCUUUGUUUUCUUCGUCCUCAUUGUGCUCGCCUCCUUCUGGACGGGGAGCGGCUUCGCGACGUUCCUGUCCGGCGUGGUGCCGCACGUGAUCAUUGGGUACACCGUGGUGGUGGCCGGGGUGUCCUACUUCCUGCUCUUCAGCGGCUUCUUCAUGAGCCGCCACCGCAUCCCCGACUAUUGGAUGUGUUUCCACUACAUGUCGCUGCUCAAGUACCCGUAUGAGGCAGUGAUGCAGAACGAGUUCGGCGCUGACACAGGCAAGUGCUUCAUGCGAGGGGUGCAGAUAUUCGACGGGAUGCCCAUGGGGAAGCUGCCGGUGGAGAACCAGGUGAGCAUGCUCACCACGAUGAGCAAGUCCAUGGGGAUCCACUUCAACACCACAACCUGCCUCACCACGGGGACGGACAUACUGGCCAAGCAGGCCAUUGACCAACUCGGCAAGUGGGGCUGCUUGUGGGUUACUGUCGCGUGGGGUUUUCUCUUACGGAUCUUCUUCUAUGUUACGCUCGUGCUCGGCAGCAACAACAAACGAAGGUGAAUGGAAACUUAAGUAAUUUCGGUCAACUUCACGAAUUUUAUUACUUCACUAUAAAGAUCGUUUAAAAAAAGGUGUGUCUAGAGCUCAGUUAACAUGGAGUUAAGUUAAAUCUCACCUAAUUAACUGAUGUGGAGCAAAUUUCUUCAAUCCCAUCGGUCGCUAGUCGUAUUGUAAUUAUUCCGAUCGAUUAUUUGAGGCAUGUGUUGGCCCGCUUCAA